UCUAGACAGAUCUUAUGCAUCGUUGAAACCCUUCCAUCUUUCCCCUCAUAUGCUGAUCAUCAGCCUUGUAAUCCAAGGCAAGUAACUGUAAAAUGGACUCACUCUACCUUCGAUUUUCAUACCACUUUUUAGAUGCAUUUCAUGAUUCAUGUAUUCAUUUACUCACCACAUUAAAUUCCUUCAACAGCUAGCGUUCAAAACAAAAUGUUCUUAUAUAAAUAGACAGACAGCAAAAAGAAAAAGAAGCAAAAGCCCAAAAAGAAGCAAAGAAAAAGACUAAAAGAAUCCAGCUCCCACUCUCCUCUUUCUCAAUCUCUCCCUUGCUCUACAAACUAAACACACCACAUAUUCUCUAAACCCACCACCCUAUAACGCACUCUAGCUAGUCUCUUCCAUGGCAAAAGUACUCCCUAACAAACUGUUAUUUGUCUUCUUUGCAAUUCACGUUCUUGGGAGUGCAGUCUUUUUGCCAGCGGUGGUAGAGGGAGGGACCUGGUGUGUGGCAAGGAGUGACGCAAGUAACCAAGCCUUGCAAGCUGCACUUGACUAUGCAUGUGCUUCUGGUGCUGACUGUACUCCAAUACAGUCUAGUGGGCUGUGUUUCUUGCCUAACACAAUCCAGGCUCAUGCUUCUUACGCAUUCAAUAGUUACUUUCAAAGGAAAGCCAUGGCUCCUGGCUCUUGUGACUUCUCUGGCACUGCUAGUGCUUCCAAAAGCGAUCCCAGUUAUGGAUCUUGUAUGUAUCCAUCUUCCCUAAGCACUGCCGGAGGGACUGGUACCACUACAAGCACUACACCAGCCGCUAACCCCAGCUUUCAAACACCGCCAUCCAGUGGUGGCACCACCGGUCUGAACCCUGGAAACACUCCACUGCUGGACAAUUCUAAAGCUUCUUUAGGUUUUAUGGUCAAUGUAACCUUACUGCCCCUGUGCCUUUUGCUUGUUUUCUCAUUCACAUUUCGGCCCAUGUAGUCAUUCAAGCCAGAGCUGCAAUAUGGCGAAAGCAGAGCUGGUUGCGCUUAAUUUUUUAGCUAAAUACAUCACCCAGAAGGAAAGUCCGCUCCUAAUCUGAUAUUAGAUUUCCAUUUUUUUAUCCAUACCAAAACCAAACCAUCCAGUGGCUUGCCUGCACUGGGAGCCAGACCAUAAUCUUUGUUUCCUGAAUGCUACCAUUAAACAGUGGCUUAUAUCAAGUAGAGGUGGGUUGCAUGCACCCAAUUCUCCGGCAAAUGCAGCCCUUUUAAACUUUUUUUCGAAUGAACC